ACAAGACCAGAGCAAAUAGAUGGACCGAGAGACAGCAGCAGUCGGACAUCUCUGCGGGACCCGGGCCCAGCGCAGCUAAACGGUCAUAGAGCCUGACCUGAGAUCAGAUCACCCCCAGCUGACCUGUGAGAUGCUCAGAAACCACCUGACAGGUGAUUUUCAGCAUUCAGACAAACCAGUGUGUUAGGACGCACCCCGCCCUCUGUCCCUGGGUAGCCCAUGCACAUGCACGACACCAUGGGUAGCUCCCCCGAGGUGCUUUCGUGGACGUCCUGCCCCAGUCUGCUGGUGGGCAAACUGAAAGAGGAGCUCAAACUCACCGUGGUCGGGGACAACAUGAAGAACUCAAACGCGCCCAACUCUCAACCUCAGCCUCCUCAGGCGCCUCCUCUCAACCUACCUCCUCAGAUUAUCACGGACCUCGCCCCGCCGACGCACCUGCCCGUCCCCCUGCAGACGCUGCAGACGCCCGUUCAGGACGAGGACUCGGUGCUGGGGGGUGUAACUCCCCCGAACAUAGCCUUGAGCGUGGAAUCGACCCGGAGCGAGGGCGGACACUUUGACAACAGCGUGCUCCAGCUGCAGGAGCAGAGCCACGAGGAGGCCGGGUCUCCGAACGCUCCCUGUGAGCACGGCUGUGGGAGUGUGACGGAGGAGCAGAUGUUAGACUGUCCAGCAGACUACAGUGAAGACGGGGGGGAGACCCACCACCACCACCAUCCUCACCCCGAUGACAUAAAGCUGCACUUCCACAGAGCGGGGCCCGGCUCGGGGGGGUUCUUGGAGGGGCUGUUCGGCUGUCUACGACCUGUCUGGAACAUCAUAGGGAAAACGUACUCAACAGAAUACAAGCUACAACAGCAAGACAUGUGGGAGGUUCCAUUCGAGGAGAUCUCAGAGCUGAAGUGGCUGGGCAGCGGUGCUCAGGGCGCCGUCUUCUUGGGAAAUUUCCGCUCUGAGGAGGUGGCCAUCAAGAAAGUGCGUGAGCAGAAGGAGACGGACAUCAAACCCCUGAGAAAACUCAAGCACCCAAAUAUCAUCAGCUUCAAGGGUGUGUGCACCCAGGCGCCUUGCUACUGCAUCAUCAUGGAGUACUGUGCUCAGGGCCAGCUGUAUGAGGUGCUGAGGGCCGGCAGGAAGGUGACCCCCAGGAUGCUGGUGGACUGGGCCACGGGCAUCGCCAGCGGCAUGAACUACCUGCACCUGCACAAGAUCAUCCACAGGGAUCUCAAGUCUCCCAAUGUUUUGGUCACAUACAACGACACUGUGAAAAUCUCUGACUUUGGAACGUCCAAAGAGCUCAGUGACAAAAGUACAAAGAUGUCAUUUGCGGGUACGGUGGCCUGGAUGGCCCCAGAAGUGAUAAGAAAUGAGCCUGUGUCGGAAAAAGUAGACAUCUGGUCAUUUGGGGUCGUGUUGUGGGAACUUCUGACCGGAGAGAUUCCCUACAAAGACGUGGACUCCUCCGCCAUCAUUUGGGGUGUGGGCAGCAACAGUCUCCACCUUCCUGUCCCCUCCACCUGCCCGGAUGGCUUCAAAAUCCUCAUGAAACAAACAUGGCAAAGCAAGCCCAGGAAUAGGCCCUCGUUUCGUCAGAUCCUCCUACACCUCGACAUUGCUGCAGCUGAUAUCCUGGGAGCUCCUCAGGAGACCUACUUCAAGUCUCAGUCAGAAUGGAGGGAGGAAGUGAAGAAACAUUUUGAGAAGAUCAAAAGUGAAGGCACUUGCAUCCACAGGCUGGACGAGGAGCUGAUCCGACGCAGGAGGGAUGAACUCAGGCACGCACUGGACAUCCGGGAGCACUAUGAGAGGAAGCUGGAGCGAGCCAACAACCUGUACAUGGAGCUCAGCGCCAUCAUGCUGCAGCUGGAGGUCCGCGAGAAGGAACUCAUGAAGAGAGAGUCGGCAGUGGAGAAGAAAUAUCCCGGAACCUAUAAGCGCCAGCUGGUCCGACCCAUCGUCAGGUCCAACGCUGUCGAGAAGCUCAUCAAGAAGAAGAGCAGCAUGUCCCACAAACCUGGGAUGCCCAACACCAAACGGCCGGACUUGCUUCGCUCUGAAGGCAUCCCGGGCCUGGACCACCUCCCCUCCCCCUCGCCUCUCUCCGCCAGCCCCAAGAUCUCCACCCCUCCCGGUAAAGCCCGCUACCGCAGCAAGCCUCGCCAUCGCCGCGCCAACAGCAAGGGCAGCCACAGCGAGUUCCCCGGCCUGCUGAGGCCUCUCACCACGGCGUUAGAAGAGUCCCAGUCCCUCCAGGAGCAGCCGUUCCUCCAUCACCACCACCACCACCUCCCAACCACCGAGGGGCCUCUUCUCCCCCUGAAGGGCCGCGAGGAGGCCGUUGUCAACUGUGCCAACAACCUUCGUUACUUCGGCCCCGCCGCCCCUCUCCGCAGCCCUCAGACGGACCACCUGCAGCGCCGCGUCUCCGGCUGCAGCCCCGACCUCAUAUCCACCGCUGUGGACGCAAACACACGACAGCGGACUUCAUCCACCAGCACCAGCCUCGCUGCUGGUGCUGGUGCUGGUGCUGGUGCUGGGUCUCUGUGCCCCUGCUGCCAGGCCCACCCCUUCCCCGGCUGCCUACACUGUCAGGAGACCCCUCCUGCGGCCAGCCACCCGGAGCUGCCUCACUACUCCCUGCUCAACACCCAGGAAGGCUCCGCGUCCUCUUUAGGGGCCCAGAGCAAAGACCCCGCCUCAGACGGAGAGGCCGCAAAGAAAGCUGAGCCGCAGGAACAGCAGGCAUCCCAACGCACUCGCACCCUGGCCAGCGCCCUUCCCCGGACCCUCAGACCCCUCAGGAAGGGUGGAGAUGAGUCGUCUGAAGAGGAGGAGGGAGAGGUUGAUAGUGAAGUGGAGUUUCCACGGAGACAGAGGCCUCAUCGCUGUAUGAGCAGCUUCCAGUCCUACUCCACCUUCAGCUCAGAGAACCUGUCGGUGUCUGACGGGGAGGAGGGGAACACCAGCGACCACUCCCACAGCGGGCCCCUGGAGAGGCUGAGCGCCAGCCAGGAGGACCACCUGGACGAGCUGCUGUCCCACACCCCCGACAUCCCCAUCGACAUCUCCACCCAAUCAGACGGCCUCUCCGACAAGGAGUGCGCCGUCCGCAGGGUGAAGACCCAGAUCUCCCUGGGGAAACUGUGCUCCGACGAACACAGCUACGAGAAUCCACUACAGUUUGGGGACUCAGACUGUGAUACGUCUGAAGCAGAGUGCUCCGAUGCCACCAUCAGAAACAACAAAGCCCCUUCCUCGUGGUGAAACCCGCCCCCCUAGGGCUUCAGCUUCUUUUUCAUGCCUUGAGGCCCUCGGGUCCCACUCUGCCCCGCAGAAGAUACAGCAAUAAGAGGACGACAUUGUAAACAAAGCUCCUUAUAGCAAAGCCCCAUGCAAUCUCUCUCAGAACAUCCCUUAUCUUCAUUAAAAAAAAAAAAAACGUUCCCUCUCAUCUCUAGCUCAGCAUCCAGGGAUCCCCCUUUUGAAUGAUAAUGUACAGUAGAACAUUCAUAAUUUAUUUUUGUCUGAGUUUUGAAGGAAAAUCUGUAAAUUCUCUGAAUCUGAACAGAUAAAAAAAAAAGAAGACAUUUUGAAAACUGAGCAUGGGCUUCGUAUGAUGAUGAUGUAUGAUGAUGAUGAUGAUGAUGAUCCGAAAUACCCAACCAACAAGGACCUCCCCCUCUUACUAAAGAUCGACCUGCUUCAUGAUGAGCCCUGGUACCCUGCCUCCCCAACUUCCAUCCCCUCCCCACCAUGAUGAGUGAGGAAUGGGGAGCUUAUAAAAACACCAGCAUGAACAACCUGCUUAGCAACCGGACUCCUAGAAACCAUGUGUCCCCUCCGUCACCAGGGUCUCCUCUCUACUGUCCAGCAUGCCUGUGCAGCGCGCAAAAAAUGCACAACGCUGCCAGAGGACUGCAUGAAGUGCACAAGCUCUCAGUGCAACAAAGACUGACAGUUAAGGAGACCAUACAAAAAAAAGAAACUCUUCCUCACACUGCUCAUCCUCUUCGAGACAUUGUCAUCAUCAAUCAGGAGUUGUGAGAUGUUUAGGGAGGUUUCAGUGUGUAUGAAAACAGCCCUUUCCUUCUCCAUUAGACAUUACAGUUUCAAGUCUCAUCUCAGGAUUGUUCGAGGACUGUGAGAAACUGGACUGGACCAAAUAUUGUGUAGGGAUCCUCUUUAAGCGGCACAUACUACGGACCAUAUAGGAAUAUUAAAAAAGGGUCCUACAGAUAGCCUUGAUGUUCAACCUUUUAUUGCUGACGUUAAAUGUAAUGUAGAGAAGUAGAGCGUUUAAUUUGCUUUCCAGGUGCAGUAUCCCAUUUCUUGAAAUCCCUAGGUGCAGCAGUUUCAAUUUACCAUUUUUCUAGCAGGGUAAAAAAAAAAUGGCUUUCUGUGCUGUCAUGGAUGAAACGGCAAUAAUGUAGGUUGGCGCUCAGGUGAGGAAGAAGGUGCUUGCUCAGGGUCCGGGGCGUCUAGCAGGCUAGAUACUUAAUAAAACAGCUUAGUAUGGAUGCUAUGUUUUUAAAUUGUCCCCUUUUUAUGAACUCACUUUUAAUGCUCAGGGUUUGUGUUGUUGAGAGCAGGAGCAAUAUAUCAACAGCCACUAGAUGGCGGCAUUUAAAAACUAACUUGUAAAUGUCCUUUAAAGGUUCCCUCCACCAUCCGAAAUGUAGAAUCCCAGCAAUAUCACUAUUCUUGCCUCUGAAAAGGGAUACUGCAUCUGUGAGAGCUUUUUUUAAAUAUUUUUUUAUCCCUAUUAGAGUGUUUGUCAUCCUUAAGGAUUCUGCGUUUGAAAAAUAGCCAGCCAGGGUUGAAUUUAACGUUAAAGAUGUCAAGAUAUCAGCUCAUGUGUACGCUGAAUGCCGAGAUAAAGUGAGGAAUUAAAGCCAGAGACGAGGCCCCGGAGCAAUAAAGCUGCUCUUGGUUUUCAACAACCUCAUCUCAGUGUUAGUAACUCCUGUUGUAUACACAUCUGUAAAUGUAAUGUAAUCUUUAUUUGUCCUCAUCUGUCACUAGGACCAGCGCGACUGGUAGAAAACGAGCAGGAAGUUCUUUUAUCUGUGUUGUAUCAGUAUUGACAGGAGUUUGUGAGUCAUGAGAAGCGAGUAGCACAAGGCGGAUCUAAAAUUGUGCAGAUGGAUCAAUUCCCUUGUUUUUGUUGCUUAAAGGUAGGGUAGGUAAGAAUGGAGAAACCAGCUCGAGUGCGCUAGAAUCUGAAAGAACACAACCGAACAAAAUCUGCCCCUUCCUUCAGACGGCCCGGGGCAGAUAAUUGGUCUAGCUUUUUUACAGCGCCACGGCUUCCACAGAUGAAAUAUUUGUAUAUAUUUAUUGUCAAAGCAUUUAAUUGAUUCAUUGCUAUCGGGAUGUUAAGAGCAUUCCAUGGAAUAUAACAAAAAGUGUUUCUGAAGUGAAUUACCUACCCUACCUUUAAAAGCUUUGGAAGGUCUUGGCCCCGCUGCUGCCUUUCCUUGAGCCUCCUUCACCCUCUUCUUCACUCUGUUUACGUUAGUGUGAAAUAACCUAGUGUAUUAUAAUGACUGGGUAAUCCGAUCAAUAUCCUGUGAAGUGUGAUUGUUGUUAAGAUUUAAUUUAAUUUUGAUCUUUUUUCUUUGUAGCUGGCCUACAUGAUUAUUGAAUUAAUUUAUUAUGAAUGACUGGUAAGGUGUUCUUUAAUUUCAGGCAGCUUUAGAAAUGUCAUGACUUAUGAUUUCUCCUGAAAAAAAUUAUUAUUUAAAGGAAGCACAAUUAAUGGGUAUGGGAAGAGGACAGUAUGUGUAUGGGAGAACAAAAAGCAUCGUCAUAUCAUUGGCUUGAUUUUAUUAUUUGACCUUCCAUCAAUUACAUUAUGAUUAAUUAAGCAGACUUUACAUCAAUAAUUCACAACAUCAGGCAUUCCUAAAGUGUUUUCAUCUCAACAUAGACACUUCUAGUACAACCAAAAGCAGUCAGUGGACUGUCACAGCAGGGUAAAUGAGACGUUAGUCUGAAGACAUGUGAGGCCGAUUCUGUGCUUCUGCAAAGAUCCCUUCUCCUUUUUAUUCAAAGCACCAGUUACUAACAUCUGAAUUUCUGUGAAAUUGUCUCUAACUGUAGACAUCAUCUUUGCCUCAUCCCAUGUAUCAAACAUCUGUUUCUUUGUUAAUCUUAUUUCCAACUCCCUUUCCUGUUGAAUGGCAUUACGAUCAACCAAUCCUGUCCGUUUCCUGUAUUAUCCAGUGUACAGUGCAAUGGGUAUCUGGGAGAAAUAACAUCUGAGCAAACAACUGCAUGGAAUAAAUGCUGAUGUACUGUACCCAA